AUGGGUGGCUCAUCCCAUUACAACUGGGUACUUGAUAUUAGCGAUGAACUUGGUCGCAGAGGUCAUAAUGUUAGUUUUUUAGCUUCUGAUACAGAUACACGUUUUGGUAAGCCUUAUUUAAAUGUCAAGACUGUUUCUACUGGUCCUUCUGUCUUUAUUGAUUAUAAGAAUAUUGCAACACUCUUAAAGCAGUUGACAGAGGAAGGCACUGCAAAGCUUAUGACCUUUCUUCUAAAUACUGUAUUUCAGAAUUUUGAGAAAGAUUACGAAUUUUUAAAUAAAUACUUUAGAGAUAAUAAUGUAGAUCUAGUCUUGUGCGAUCAUUUUGCUGAAAGUUGUUUAGAAGCAGCUACUUCUUUGAAUAUUCCUUACAUUGUUACUUCUACUUUCGAAAUGACGAAAGCUAACACAAAAAAAAAAAAAAAAGAUUCUAGAGCCCCUUACAUCAAUAAUGAUAUGGUCUUAAUCAGUGAUUUUACUACCGAGCAUCAAACAUUUUAUGAACGCUUCAUGGACAGAAUGGUUCGACCUUAUGUCAACCUUUACCAACUAUGGCCAACUUUAAAGGAUAUAAAUGAUCGAAAGAAGGCUGUCGGCAUUCCUGCCAAAAUUCAAGAUCCCUCAGAACGAUGGAAGGACAGUUUGAAGUUAAUAAAUAGUUUAUUUGGGUUUUCGGCACCAAGACCUUUAGGUCCCCUUGUUGAAUUUGUAGGUCCUAUUUUAUCUCAGCAUUAUACACCUUUAAGUGAGGAACUUGAAAGAUACCUUGAUGGUCAUAAAAAUAUUGCUUAUAUUGCAUUUGGUCAGCAUGCUGCUCCUACCGAAGAACAUAUUCAACUCAUCUUGAGUAGUUUAUUAGAAAGUAUUGAACAUAAUACUUUAGAUGGUUUUAUUUGGUCUACUGUUCAUGCUGCGGGGCUCUUCCCUGAUUCAAUCACAACUUCCUCUAAUACUACUUAUAACAUUCAAGAUCUAUUUGAUGGCAAGAAUUCAGAUAUUCAAUUCCCUAAAUGGGCUCCACAGGCUGCUAUUCUUUUGCAUCCCUCUACAAAUCUCUUUAUAUCUCACGGCGGUUUAGGCUCUUGGUAUGAAUCCAUGUAUGCUGGCACUCGUAUGAUCAUGUUCCCCUUCUUUGGUGAUCAGCCUGCUAACUCUUUGAUGAUUGAGCGUCAUGGAUUGGGCGCGAUUUUGAAAGCUGAUUCUACCACUGAACAAGCUGUUGAAUUAAUUGAGAGGGUCAUGGCGGAUAAAGACGGAGAAAUUAUGAGUAAUGUAAAUCGUAUGCAGGCUCUUGUGCAGAUUCGUUCUAAACAUAGUGUACUUCGUGGUGCUGAUAUUGUAGAAGAGGUUGCAUAUACUCAUAAGGAUGGUAAACUUCUUUAUCGUCAAAGUGCUGAUAAGCGUAUGUCCUAUAUAAAAGCUCAUAAUUUAGAUCUUUAUGGUGCUUUGGUCUUAUUGAUAGCAUUUGGUUUAUCGGUUAUUUAUUUCAUUUCUAAGAAACUAUUGGUUUUGAUCAGCUUUCUUAAUCAAUCUCCUUCAACUCAAAAGCUUAAAAAGCUUUAG